UUGUCCUUUCUCAUGAGUUAUGAGUAUUAUGUUUGGGUUGAAGAAUGCACCACCAACUUUCAACUAACCAUGACCAAAGUCUUCCGCUCUUUAUUGGACAAUUACAUCAUCAUCUACCUGGAUGAUAUCCUGGUGUACAGCAAAACUUGGGGCCAACAUUUGAAGGACCUGGAAGCAGUUUUUGCCCUCUACGGUCAACACCGCCUCAUCACCAAAGGCUCCAAGUGUGAGUUCUCUAAAGAGGAGUUGGGGUUCCUGGGCCACUUCAUCUCCAAUGAAGGCAUUGAAAUUGACCCGAAGAAAAUUGACACCUUUCGCAACUGGGAGUCACUAACCAACGUAAAAAACUUGAAAAGUUUUUUGGAGUUCAUCAACUACGUGCAUUCGUUGGCUUGAAUACCGUAUCUCGAGUCCAAC